AUGAAAAAUGGACCACACCUAAAAUUAAAAUCGGUUCAAGUUAUAACAGUUCAAAUGGAUUCUGUAAUAAUAAGAUCGGCUAAUCCUUAUUUGGCGACUCCAGAAUUAACCAUUCACGACCAUUAUGGGGAGAUCCUUUCUCAAGGAGAUAUUUUAGUUACAUUCCUACAUGAAAAAUCGAGAUCCAGUGAUAUAACACAAGGUCUUCCAAAAGUGGAACAGAUAUUCGAAAUACGUUUGAUUGCUUCAAUAUCCAUGAAUCUAAAAAAAAGAAUUGAUGCUUGGAACGAGUGUAUAACAAAAAUUCUCGGCAUUCCUUGGGGAUUCUUGAUUGGUGCGAAGCUAACUAUAGCUCAAAGUCGUAUUUCUUUGGUUAAUAAAAUCCAAAAGGUUUAUCGAUCCCAUGGAGUACACAUCGAUAAUAGACAUAUCGAGAUUAUUGUGCGUCAAAUAACAUCCAAAGUCUUGGUUUCAGAAGAUGGAAUGUCUAAUGUAUUUUUACCUGGCGAACUAAUUGGAUUAUUGCGAGCAGAACGAACGGGGCGUGCCUUGGAAGAAGCCAUUUGUUACCGAGCUUUAUUAUUGGGAGUAACAAAAACAUCUCUGAAUACUCAAAGUUUCAUAUCUGAAGCGAGUUUUCAAGAAACUGCUAGAGUUUUAGCAAAAGCCGCUCUUCGGGGUCGUAUUGAUUGGUUGAAAGGUCUUAAAGAGAAUGUUGUUUUAGGGGGAAUGAUACCCGUUGGUACCGGAUUCAAAAGAAUAAUGCACCAGAUGUUGAAAGCUGGGGUUCAUUUUGGCCAUGAGACUAGGAAAUGGAAUCCUCGAAUGGCACCUUUUAUAUCGGAAAAACGUAAAGGUAAUCAUAUUAGAAAUCUUACUAAAACUGCUCGUUUUUUAUCAGAAGCUUAUGAUUUGGCUUUUGAUGCAGCAAGCAAAGGAAAACAAUUUUUAAUUGUUGGUACCAAAAGAAAAGUUGCCUAUUCAGUAAGACGGGCUGCAAUAAGAGCUCGAUGUCAUUAUGUUAAUAAAAAAUGGCUCGGAGGUAUGUUAACAAAUUGGUAUACUACAGAAACGAGACUUCGUAAGUUCAGGGACUUGAGAACGGAGCAAAAGACGGGGAAACUGAACUCUCUUCCAAAAAGAGAUGCCGCUAUGUUGAAGAGGCAAUUAUCUCAUUUGGAAACAUAUCUAGGCAGUAUAAAAUAUAUGACAGGGUUACCUGAUAUUGUAAUAAUCCUUGAUCAGGAAGAAGAAUAUAAGGCUCUUCAAGAAUGUAUCACUUUGGGAAUUCCAACGAUUUGUGUAAUCAAUACAAAUUGUGACCCCGAUCUUGUGGAUUUGCCGAUUCCGGCUAAUGAUGAUACUAUGGCUUCCAUCAGAUUCAUUCUUAACAAAUUAGUUUUUGCAAUUUGUGAGGGUCGUUCUAGCUAG